AAGCCUCGAAGAGUUCUUGCUUCAACAGUGUUUGAACGGAACUUCAUUUUUUCCUACCCAGCAGAAUCCAGAGCUAUCUCAACUCUGCUCCUACUUGAACACUACUACAGUAGUCGACGUAAAGUCUUAAUUUUCUCAGUUUUUUUUGUUAAAAACAGAAGAAAACACCAACCAAGAUGCAAUCCCAGGUGCGUCAGAACUACCACCGCGACUGCGAGGCCGCCAUUAACAGGAUGGUCAACAUGGAGAUGUUUGCCUCCUACACCUACACCUCUAUGGCUCAUUACUUCUGCCGCGACGACGUGGCUCUGCCGGGCUUCUCCCACUUGUUCAAGGAGAACAGUGAGGAGGAGAGGGAGCACGCCGAGAAGCUGCUGUCCUUUCAGAAUAAGAGAGGAGGCCGAAUCGUCCUCCAGGACGUCAGGAAACCAGAGAAGGAUGAGUGGGGCAGUGGGCUGGAAGCCAUGAAGUGUGCUCUGCAGCUGGAGAAAAAUGUCAACCAGGCUCUGCUGGAUCUGCACAAGCUGGCGACUGAUCAUGUUGAUCCCCAUCUGUGCGAUUUCCUGGAGUCCCACUACCUGAAUGAGCAGGUGGAGUCCAUCAAGAAGUUCGGUGACCACAUCACCAACCUGACCCGCAUGGAUGCCCACAACAACAAGAUGGCGGAGUACCUGUUUGACAAGCACACCCUGGGAGGCCAAAGCUAAAUGACCAGAAGAGAAGAUGGAGUAGAAGUGUGUGUAACAAAGGCUUCAGGCUAAAUUUGUCUACUCCAGAGUUUAUUAAGCAUUUCAUUUACCUAAUCAGUUUCUGAAGUUGUAGAGUUGAGUGUAUUAAGUAGUUGGUCUAAGUGUAACUUCUGAUUCUCUGAAUAAACAUCUUGAGCUGGA